CUAAAACCGGUGGCGAAGCUCUUCGAGCGUUUAGAUCUCACAUUAAAAGUCGUUUAGAGAUGGCUUUAAAUCACGCCGUACUCAAAGAGGAGGCCAUUCGGGUUCAGACAUCGAUCGACACCAUUAUUAACGUAAUUUACAACAAUCCUAACGUAUUAGACGCCGGUUCCCGCGACUUCUCCUUCACUUUGGCCCGACUAUUCAUCGCAACCACACUCUUGGAGUCCUCGUGUUUGGUCGGAUCCACAGACUUGGAUGAGAUAACAGCUCUUAGAUGGUGUAAAAGCCAAGAUUUGACGCCUUUUCUCACAAACUAUGGACUCAAUUACUAUAACAAGCAAUCCAUCGAAACCAAUUGGAUCCCAUUCUCGAGACCCAAAUACGGCAACUUUACGCAAGAGAUGCCACAACUGGACAAUCAGUUCACUUCGGAUCCAUUCCUUCAGAAGUAUUUGCAAAGAGUUCUCCCAAAAGAAAUGUAUAACGAGAUUAGCGGCGAUUUGAGCCGAUUUGGCGGUCGUGUGGCCACAGAUAUCAACCAAUUGGGACUCGAGUGCGACAAACAUUUGCCAAAACUGAUCCAACAGAACGCUUGGGGGCAGACAUGCAAUGAUCUCUAUGUGUGCAGCGCUUGGAAACAACAGAAGACAGUGUCGGCCGACGAGGGAAUUGUGGCCAUCGGUUACGAACGCAAAUACCACGAGUUCUCGCGUUUGUAUCAAUUCGCCAAACUCUUCCUCUACGCCCCCUCUUCUGGUCUGUACUCGUGUCCCAUCGCUAUGACAGACGGCGCGGCCAAGACUAUUGAGUCACUCAAACUCACUGACCAAUCGUUUUACGAGGAUAUUUACCACCGACUGACCACUCGUGACGCCAACACGUUCUACACGUCCGGCCAAUGGAUGACCGAAAAGGGCGGCGGAUCUGAUGUCGCCGGCGGAACUGAGACAGUGGCCGUCUCUAUUGGUCGAGACAUGUUUAAACUCUACGGAUAUAAAUGGUUCUCUUCGGCCACCGACGCGGACAUAGCGUUAACAUUGGGCCGAAUCGCCGACGAAGAGGGAAACGUAUUACAAGGAACGCGUGGUUUGACUCUGUUUUUCCUGAAGAUCAGAGACGAUGCGACCAAACGGUUGAAUGAAAUUGAUAUGAUUCGCCUCAAAGACAAAUUAGGCACUCGUCAGGUGCCCACCGCUGAACUACUAUUGGACGGCACUAUUGCUCAUAAAAUGUCCGAAGAGGGCAGAGGUGUGGCCGCAAUCGCUAAUAUGUUGCAAAUCACUCGCAUUCAUAAUGCCAUUGGAAGCGCCGCUUAUAUGAGAAGAAUAAUAAGUAUUGCCAGAGAUUACGCUCAAAGACGAAAAGCAUUUGGAAAGCCUAUCAGUGAUUAUCCAAUUCAUAUGCAAACUCUGGCCCGAAUGGACGUCGAGGCAAAGGGUGCCUUUAUGUUAGCGUUUGAGAAUGUGCGACUAUUGGGCAAACAAGAGAUGGGGUUGACUUCGGAUGAAGAGAAUUUGGUUUUGCGUUUAUUGAAUCCAAUCUCAAAGCUGUUUGUUUGCAAACAAUCGCUUUCGACAAUAUCUGAAGGACUGGAAGCGUUCGGAGGACAGGGAGCUAUGCUGUUUGUUUGCAAACAAUCGCUUUCGACAAUAUCUGAAGGACUGGAAGCGUUCGGAGGACAGGGAGCUAUGGAGGACACGGGACUGCCUGUUAUGCUCAGAGAUUCGCAAAUAUUUACCAUAUGGGAGGGAACAACCAAUAUAUUGUCUUUGGAUGUGUUGCGAGUGUUGGCUAAAACCGGUGGCGAAGCUCUUCGAGCGUUUAGAUCUCACAUUAAAAGUCGUUUAGAGAUGGCUUUAAAUCACGCCGUACUCAAAGAGGAGGCCAUUCGGGUUCAGACAUCGAUCGACACCAUU